AUGAGAGCUCAUGGAUGUGCUGACAUUCCGAUCCUCAAGGGUAUCGAUCUCUCCCCUACCUCUGCACAGCGACUCGGUCCGUUCACCGUCGCAGCACUCAUCCUCAACCGGACCAUAGGAACGGGCAUCUUUUCGCUACCUGCAAGCAUCCUGAUGUACACCGGCAGCCCAGGCGUGGCGAUCACAUUAUGGGUCGUCGCCGGGAUCAUCAUCAUGUGCUUGCUCCUUUGCUGGCUGGAACUGGGCAUGACUGUGCCCCUGUUCAGCCACGUUGACGAGGACGGGACGCAAGCCGUGGUGUCGACGCCGAGGAGCGGAGGAGACAAGAACUUUCUCGAGUACAUCUACCACAAACCCAAAUUCUUGGCCACGUGCGUCUUCGGCGUCAUCUUCAUCGUGUUUGGACACCUGGCAGGCAACGCCAUUCAGUUCGGUAUCUCCAUGGCCACGCUCACCGAUCCGGGGUGCAGAAAUGACGACCGGUGCGGGAGAGGGGUUGUCGUAGGAUGGGCACUGGGGGUGGUGAUCGUCUGUGCCUUGAUCAACAUCUCCGCAAGGCAAUUCGCCAUCGGUCUCAACAACUUGUUCGCCGUUGCAAAGGUGCUCUUUGUGGUUGUGAUUAACCUGAUCGGUAUCAUCUACGGCACCAUGAACGGUGAUGGCUGUCGCCAGAUCACUUGGGCCAGGAAAAGCCCAAACGGCGCCAAUGUCGGCUAUCUCUGCACAUCACCAUACAAAGGCGGCAAGGAAGAAAUGCUGGCGUCCAUGUUCGAGAAAAUCUCUGGCAAGAAAGACACCUCUACCACCUCUACUAGAGCCGUCAAUGUGAUCCUGGCCCUCUUCGCCUUCGCGAACAUCAUGACGCAGACGUUCACAGGAUCCCGAGUCAAACAAGAGAUUGCAAAAGAGGGAAUUCUGCCAUAUUCUCUCAUGUUUGCCACGGGGAGUAAAUCUCUCAUCUCAAGGCUGUCGCGGUCGAGACCCAAGGGGACAGGGAUAUUGGCGGACGAAAUUGACCAACACGCAGAGCAAGUUCCUAUCGCGGCGACAUUUCUCCACUCGGUCUUCGAGGUUAUCCUCAUCCUAGCGGCAGGACUAGCUCUCGACCCGCCCGAUGCGUAUGAACUCCUCACCUCCCUCAAGGUCUUUACCGUCGUGGGCAUUCUGGGCACUCUUACCGCCGGCGGCCUGCUCUACCUUAAUAUCGACUCGUGGGCCCGCGGGUCGCGUGGAAGGGGAUGGUACGGCAUCGUCAAGUUCUUGCCGUGGCUGGACCCGCUGCCGGUGCUGAUAGCAACCGCUGGCUUCGCGCUGAUAGUCGUUGGGCCUUUUGUGUCGCCGAGUAUACGGGUGGAGAAAGUCAUCCAUUCCUACACUGGGCUCCUGGUCGCGUGGAUCGUGUUCGUCUCGUCUGUCGGCUGGUGGUUGUGGCUGAAAUUUGAUUUGCGUAGGAAUAGAAUGGAUCUGCAUGUGGAGAGGAAACCGUUCAUUGAGAGAGAUGGAGAGAAUGGCGAGCUUGUCCUCAAGGCAGAGAUUUUGUGCGUGGAGCGUAUCCCAGCCCGAGCAACACACUCAAGCAGCUCUGCUUAG